CCGCGGGACUGCGCAGUCAUGUUCACCGGCGCGACGGAGGUGCCGGCUCCUGCGGAGCCCGCGUGGGCCUGGAAAGAUGCCCCGAUCUCCACGCUGGUGCGGAGGAUCCAGCAGCUGCAGAAUGAGCGCGCGCAGGCCUUCCGCCGCCUGGACCAAGCUCACCGCCAGUACUUGCUCAGUGGCCUGCACCAUGACUUCUUUCCUCAUUACCGGAAUGUCGUGCACGAGGUGACUCAGGCCUUCGCCGCCGCCUCACGGGAGGUACUGGCGGUGGAAGCGGAGCUGGCGGGGCCUCGCUCGAAGCCGGUGCUCGCCCACCACGUGCGCAGCCUGCAAGAGCUGGAACAGACUCGCCUGGCUACGGUGGCGCUGCUGCAGGUGAUGGCAACACCAGGAGUGUCUAAACAGGAGGAUCCUGAAAAGUUGCGCGAGCUGAAAAUGAAGGUAAUUAAAACCAUGGAGGCGAUCAGCGAGGUUCUGCAGGAACUCAGGUUUGAUGCAGAAUCUGCCGAGUGAGGGCGGCUCCCCAGGGACCAGAGGAAGAUGGGAAAAGAGGCCCAUGGCGUUCCGCCCAGCCCUGACCGCCAGCUGGCUGAGGUCGUGCCCCACCGGGCUGCCUCCAGUGCGCCUCACGCAAUAAAGAAUCCUCCCUCUGCA